AGACGUAGCGGUUCAUUCAUCUUCUUCCAGAGAGCGAGGCGAGUUAGCGCGAAGGUUGUUUCACAUGAGGGAGGAACUGUCUGGGAGCGAAACACUGCGCUGAAGAACAGCUGAAAGGAGGCGUUUGUUUUUCAGCAGCGAGCACCGCGUUCUUCAUCCAAAUAUUAGCGGGUGAGCAGAUCAGCGAGGCAUCAUGGGGAAGCACAACAGCAAGCUGGCUCCCGAGGUCCUGGAUGAUCUGACCAAGAACACUGAAUUCAACGAGGCAGAGCUCAAGCAGUGGUACAAAGGCUUCCUCAAAGACUGUCCCUCUGGCAUUCUCAACCUGGACGAGUUUCAGCAGCUCUAUGUUAAGUUUUUCCCGUACGGCGAUGCCUCUAAGUUCGCCCAGCACGCGUUCCGGACGUUUGACAAAAACGGUGACGGCACCAUCGACUUCAGGGAGUUCAUCUGUGCCCUGUCCAUCACCUCCAGGGGCAGCUUUGAGCAGAAACUCAACUGGGCCUUCAACAUGUACGAUCUGGAUGGCGAUGGGAAAAUUACCCGUAUGGAGAUGCUUGAGAUUAUUGAGGCCAUUUACAAGAUGGUCGGCACGGUGAUCAUGAUGCGCAUGAACGAGGACGGCCUGACCCCUCAGCAGCGCGUGGACAAGAUCUUCUCCAAAAUGGACAAGGACCACAACGACGAGAUCACCCUGGAGGAGUUCAAGGAGGCGGCCAAGUCCGACCCCUCCAUCGUCCUACUGCUGCAGUGUGACAUGCAGAAGUAGACGGGGGGUGGGGGGUGGGGGGAGGGAGGGGAGGCUGGGACGGGUGCGCGAGUUGAACUGAAACGAGAGGAGGAGUGAGAGGAGUGAGGAAGCAGAGAGGCAGGGAAGCUCUUCACGCAGUGAUUGCUGGAAAUGAACCAUGUUGCGAACACACUCCAUCUCUGAUUGAUGCCAUACUUUCCUCCUAGGCCUCGCCGCUGCGGCGCGCCCCUGCAGCACUUCUGAUUCAGGCUGUACAAAUUUACUGAAUUAAAUAGGUGGAGGUGUCACUCACGCUUUCACGCCGUCAGCCUCGGUACAGUGCGAGAUCACAAGACCGCAGGGAGACUCAAGUGCAGAGAAGUCCUACUCGAAAGUGCAAAACAGGUUGUUUCUGGUUCAGAAGGUAGCGCUUUAUUUUAAUGACCUUGCAGGUGACCUUCACCAUCUGGUCCAACCACGUCAUUCAUGACCUCCAUCACAGUUUCCUCUAAUUUGAUGAGAAGUUUAAGGGGAUGCACUGUACCUUCACUAACAGAAACAGCAAGCUUCAGAAUAAAUGCGAGCACCUCAAAAAUAUGGAAAUGUCCAACAACAGGUUGUGCCUUUUAAAGGGGGCUUUGUGAAGGUGCUGCCGGUUGCCUGGCAACAUUUUGGUAAUGAUGGUGAACAGUUGAGAAAGUCGAGAAACCUGGUCAGAGAAACCGCAGCUUGCUACUUGUGCGAUCGUACGAGGAGACGCUGCAAAUGCCAGCGCCCCGACGCUGUGCAUCAUGGGAUACUUAGAAAAAAACAAAUGGCAGUCAACCAAAAAGGGGACCUGUUGUUUGCUCCAUAUGCUCCAGCUUGGGAAGCGAGAGAGAAGCAAAUGUUUUGCAGACGGAGAGUUGUGUAAAUGAAUGGAACCGCGCGUGGAGAUGUGCGAGUGUGAACGUGGUCUUUCUGUCGCAUACAUGAGUCCCUCGACUCUUAGAGGGAUUUGGCUGAUUGGGUUGAUGACAGUGCGUGUGGGUUUUUAAACCAACGGUCAGUGCAUUGCUGUGAGUUAGUGAUGUGCUGGGCAGGUGUUUAACAUUGUGUCUUUAUAGCCUCAAACCUGUAGUGCAUGGCAUCAAUCUUUGCCAAUGAUCUGCAAUAUAAUUUAUAUAAAUUAUAUGAUUAUUAUAUCACAGUGCCAUUGUUCAUUGUUAUGAGAUGUUUUUACCUGAAAUUAAUGUGGAGCAUUUGUCUGAAAGGCCAAACUGCCUCCAUGAUUCACUGCUGUUUCACAUGAGAAGCCAAAAUAGCCGUCUCUCUCUCUCUCUCUCUCUCUGUUUUUUGUCUUCUUCCUCCAUAAAUGUCAGAGAGGAAGCUCUUUGAUAAUAUGUGGAGGGAGAGAACUUUGCUGAACUCAGCUCAGAUCUAAAAUCAAUGCGAAAAAAAAGAGCAAAAGGUUAAAGAGGGAGCUCGGCGAGCGCUCACCUGCGUGCGAGCGCGAAUCAAAGCCGAUGACCGGCGCAAUGCGCCCGCGGCUCUGCGCGGAGAGAGCAGCCCGCUACUGGUCACAGUCCACCACUCCAGUGGAUCAACCAAACGCUGCUUAGCAACAGGAAACCAGUUUUGUUAUUUAAAAUGAAAACAAAGACGAUCGAUGGCACUGUCAUGAGCUUAGCUUCAUCUGUAUCAUAAGACUUUAUGGUUAGAGUCAUCUUCCUCUGACUCUGAAUGAAAAAGUGUAAUAUUAAUAUUAAUAUUGAUAUUAAUAGCUAAUAGCACUUAGAGGAGCUUCACCAGACAAGAGACCUUGCAGCGACACGUUUGACUUCUCCUGUCACCGUCAGCUGAUCUCCUCUCUCUCACUCCAGCGGGCGAGCUAGAGCGCCAGCCUCCUUCGUGUGAUAAUGUAACGAUACGUGUACAUUGUAAUACGGCUGUGUUCUUAUCAUAUUUAUGACACGUAUGUGUAAAUGUACCUCUAGCUAGGCCUACUUUAAUAUGACCACACAGCUACAGCUACAGUGCAGUAUGGGAGCGUGUGUGUGUGUGUGUGUGUGUGUGUGUGUAUGUGUGUGUGUGUGUGUGUGUGUGUGUGUGUGUAUGUGAGCGACACUCUCGCAGGUGUUCAUACAGUAUGUUUUGUAUUUGUAUCAUUUGUGUAGCUGAAUUUGUAAAAAAAAACGCACCCCCACACACCAAAGUACUGAGUAUUAUUACACCCACACGCUUUUGUGCUCCGCUGGUGUACUGUAUAUACUGUCUCCUGCCGCGUAGCCGCGUGUUGCGUACGCGUAGCGCUCACAUCCAGAGGUUGCUGAGCCGGCAACGAUCCGGGGAGAACGGUUCCGCGUCCCGAGUCUUGUGUCGCAGUGUCACCCUGUGGAUGGAAGUGUAAACUGUCCCGGCUGUACAGGCUCCCUUCGUUCAGUGUGUGUUUGUGUAUUUGCUGUGAACACGCUCAGAGGCAAAUGAAUCGGCUACGUAUAUUCAGUGGGGGAGAGAAUCCGACACCUGCUCAGAUCAGAACUUGUUGAUUAGCGUUAUGUCCAUUGGGCAUAGAGAGGCUCAUACACAGAGUUGAUCUGUUGUGAAUCCAGGGGUAGUGAGUGAAAUGUUGACACCAGACGGAUGUUUUGUCGCUACUGAGUGAAACACCUGCGAUACUAAGAUUAUCCAGUACCACGUGAAGGAAAAUGAGGGGUCAAUAGGCCGUUUGUAUGAUAGAGAAAAGUUCUAUAUAAAUAUAAAUAUAGCAUUUAUGUCCUUGGAGGGACAGUGUUCAGUCUCUAUAUGUUCUUAUAGCGUUCUGUGCAUUGUGGACAUCUGUGCAGGACGGUGUGUCAAAGUAAAGCCCUUGCGGCCUCAUUAACUGUAGGUUUUGUUGCCCCCAGUUUUGACUCACUCUUUGUAACAGGCUCUAACCCUGUGAUUCUGCAUUAGUCGGUAACGUUAGCAGUUUGUCCAGAAACGACUGGCUUCACAACCAGGACAUUCCGUCUGUCCUGAUGAGCGGCCGCUCACAGUGACAGUCUUUGGUUUUCAUUUGGUCGUCUGCUCGCUCUAAAUGCCACUGAUGAAACUGUAUGUGCCAAAGACGGUAAAGGAGGUGAUGUCUUACGAUGAACUCAUGAAGGAUGUGGUUAAAGGGGAGCGAAGCAUAAAGUGAUGUCACAUCGAUCACAUGAAGUGGUGAAUUGAUAGACAUGCGGAUCAUUUGUGCUCAGUUGUGCAACAUAAUUCUAUUCUAUAAUUCUUCAUUAUAUGAUGUUCAUAUAAAGUAAAUGUCUGUUUGUCCUGUUAAUGAUUUGACUUUUGUUUACUUGUUUCCAAUAUUGUUAGGCUGCUAGAACAAAGUCAAUUCAUUUUAUGACAUAGAAUAAAACCCAUGUAUGUAAAGAUUGA